GGUAUCACCAGCUUGUGAUCAAGCUGCGGACUCUCUGCGCGCAGCCUCUUCAAUCUGACAGAUCCUUCUUUAACUAAACAAUGUAAUCUGCUGCAGAUGAGCCGUCGCUCCUUUCGCACUGUGGACUAACCGGAGUGACCUCGGGUGUCAUGACGGGGAUUAAUGCGUUGAAUCCGGCUGCUUUUUUUGCGUGAAAACCGCCAACUUUCACUCCCUCUCUUCUACUACUUCUUCUUCUCUGUGUCUUUAAAGCGCAACAGCAUGCAGAUUUCUCCGAGUGAAGACAAGAUCCCAGUCGUGGAUUCACCUUCAAGUCCUAAGGCCAGCGGAGAAGGCCUUUGCUUUUCUGAUGGCCGACGGAAAGUUGACUACGUUCUGGUCUUCCAUCAGCGGCGGCACAGCUCCAUACGAUCUCCUGCUGGCACCUCAGUUUCACAUGACAGGUUAUCCAUUGUUUCCAAUGGCAACUUUCCCCCUCAUGGCUCAGAUGUGGCAGCAGGAAGAGGAGGCGGCGUACUUGGGGGAGGAGAGGCUGCGAAUGUCGGCGAGGUGUUCAUGGAACUUGGAGGUGCAGGAGGGAACGAGCCAACGGAGCCCGCUGACCAUGAGAUGUGUCUAAUCAGACAGGAAUUUGAAGCCAACCUGCUGGAGACUGGCCUGGAGAUAGAGAGAGACCGAGAGUCAAAGACCCAUGGCCCCAGCUUUACUCGCCUCCAUGCACCGUGGCCGGUACUUUGUCGAGAGGCUGAGUUCCUCAAGAUUAAAGUCCCCACCAAGACGAGUUAUGAACUUAAAGAGGAAAAAGGAUUCGGGUCCAGCAUGAGCACGGUGUGGAGGAAAAUGAACCAGCCAUUCCAGCCUAAAGUCCCACGUCAGGAACACGAACGCACCAAGUUUCUCACACACUGCUUCUCCAGGGACAAACUCCACCUGUACAACAUCACAUCUAAAGACACAUUCUUUGACAACGCCACAAGGGGCCGAAUAGUAUAUGAGAUCCUGAGACGGACGGUGUGUGUACGGACCUGUCAAACCAUAGGCAUCAGCACAUUGAUAGCUAAAGGCGUGUAUGACUCUGCCUUCCCUCUUCAUGAUGGUGACUACAAGGUGAUCAGACACCUUGAGGAGAGGAGCGACAGACAGGUUCUGCACGAGGAGUGGGCCAGAUACUCGGCCUUUUACAAGUACCAGCCCAUUGAUCUCGUCAGGAAGUACUUUGGCGAGAAGAUCGGUCUGUACUUCGCAUGGCUCGGUGUUUACACUCAGCUCCUGAUACCAGCCUCCAUUGUGGGAAUCAUUGUGUUUGGCUACGGGGUGGCAACAGUGGACACCAAUAUACCCAGUCAGGAGAUGUGUGACGAGAGUCUCAAUUUUACCAUGUGUCCCCUGUGUGACGGAGCCUGUGACUUCUGGCACCUCAGCACCGCCUGCGGCACGGCCAGGGCCUCGCACCUCUUCGACAACCCCGCCACCGUCUUCUUCGCCAUCUUCAUGUCUCUGUGGGUGGUGCUGUUCCUGGAGCACUGGAAGCGGCGUCAGAUCAGUUUGAGCUUCAGUUGGGAUCUGACAGGCAUCGAAGAGGACGAGGAGCAUCCCAGGCCAAAAUAUGAGACCAUCCUCCUUCAGAAGAGACAGAGGAAGCUGAAAAAUAAGAAAAAUAAGAAAAAGAACGAGCUGGACCUGACCGUCAACACUACUAAUGGAAAGCCAGAGAAGCAGGAGGAUGGGACAGUGACAGGGAAGGACAGAUGGAGACAAAAACUACUGUCUGCCAUGGCUGCAGGAAUACCGGCUGCCAUAGAGAAGUUGACCUGGAAAGACCGCCUUCCUGGAUACUUCAUCAAUGUUUCCUCUAUCCUCUUUAUGUUUGGCUUGACGUUUUCAGCAGUUUUUGGCGUCAUCAUCUACCGCAUCACGGUGUCGGCCCUGAUGGCAAUGAGCCCCGACCCGGAGACCAAGUCCAAUGUUCGAGUAACGGUGACGGCCACUGCAGUCAUCAUCAACCUGGUGGUUAUUCUGAUCCUUGAUGAAAUCUACGGCGCUGUGGCAUUGUGGCUGACUGAACUAGAGAUUCCCAAAACAGAAACCAACUUUGAGGAGCGUCUCAUCCUGAAAGCCUUCCUGCUCAAGUUCAUGAACGCAUACGCGCCCAUCUUUUACGUGGCUUUCUUUAAAGGAAGGUUUGCUGGUCGACCUGGAAGCUACGUGUAUGUCUUUAAUGAUUAUCGGAUGGAAGAGUGCGCGCCAGGGGGCUGCCUCAUUGAGUUGUGCAUCCAGCUCAGCAUCAUCAUGCUCGGGAAGCAGCUGAUCCAGAACAACAUCUUUGAGAUCGGCAUUCCGAAGCUGAAGAAGUUUGUGCGUGCGAUAAAGGAUAAAGGAUCAGCUAAAACGGAGAAGGAGGAGGAGAGGCCUCCACAGCAGUGGAACCUGGACUACGCCCUGGCUCCCUUUGAAGGCCUCACGCCUGAAUACAUGGAGAUGAUCAUCCAGUUUGGUUUCGUCUCUCUGUUCGUGGCUUCAUUCCCGCUUGCUCCUCUCUUCGCUCUGCUCAACAAUGUCAUUGAGAUCAGACUGGAUGCCAAGAAGUUCGUCACAGAGCUACGCAGGCCAGUCGCCGCACGGGCUAAAGACAUUGGUAUAUGGUACAACAUACUGAGUGGAAUGGGAAAAUUCUCAGUCAUUAUAAAUGCCUUUGUGAUCUCCUUCACGUCAGACUUCAUCCCCCGGCUCGUCUACCUGUACAUGUUCAGUCAGACAGGCACCAUGCAUGGUUUCAUCGACCACACCCUCUCCUACUUUAAUGUGUCCAAUUUUAAAUCCGGCACGGCACCACAGAAUUCUGAGCAUGGAGACAUCACUGUUUGCAGGUAUAAAGACUACAGAGAACCCCCUUGGUCUCCAGAUGCAUACACGUUCUCCAAACAGUACUGGUGCGUCCUGGCUGCGAGACUGGCUUUCGUCAUACUGUUCCAGAAUCUGGUGAUGUUCCUCAGUCUCGUGGUCGCCUGGGUGAUCCCUGACGUUCCCAAAACGAUCGUGGAGCAACUCAAACGGGAGAAGAAGCUCCUGGUCGACGUCUUCUUACAGGAAGAGAAGGAAAAAUUCCAGCUCAUCCAGAGCCUCUUCUCCAAGGACGCCACCCUCCAACAGGGAGGGGGUCAAGUGCUCCGCCAGGGCCUCCCCAUCCCGGGCCGCUACAGUACUCUACCCUCAGGUCCAACGCAGGGGUUGGCUGGUGACAGAGGAGGAGAAGGAACAAGGGCGAGAUGUAGGGCCGCCAGCUUCAGCCAGUUCACCAGGAAGAUUCCCCAGUCGCCCAGGAAUGAAAAUGAGAAUUCAAGACACACGGCGGUGUGACAUGUACACAACACACAUCUGUAGGGGUGUUUCAGCUGGGCCACGGGGACUGGAGAACAUAUUGCUCGGGUGAUGCGGUCCGUGAAUGUCUCUGCCUGUGUCUUUUGUGUCCUGGUCCUGUAGUGCUGUGAUUUAAACAACCACAGUAUCGUUUGGAACAAAUUUGAAUUCAUUGGUCUCAGUGUGGUUGAAUGUGCAAUGUCCACACUGAUUGAAUGGCUGUCUGUGUGUUGUUCCUCCUUGCACCGACUGUUCACCUGAUAACAUAUGAUUUUUACUUUUUGGUAAAAAUAAAUUAUUUAGCGAGGCACACUUGCUUCAUAGCGUAGACAAGCAAUAAUUAUUGUAUUAGGCUGAACACAUGAAUAUUACAAGAACCUGGAAAAAAAAAUGGAGAUUAAGGAAGGACUAUUAACAAAUGGACAGAUUCAACAAAAACAGAUUGUUGGACAUGGUGGGGACUGUCUGAAUUUUCCUGCUUUAUGUGCUUACAGUAUGCUCUGUAUGUAUUUUUGUUUUUACCAGAAUUUGUAGCAGCUACAACAAAACACAUUUUCUGUACUUUUCAAUACAUGGUACUGAAAGCACACAUGAGCCUCCUAGAAGAGCAAGUUGUUUUCUUCAUAGCAUUUACGGUGUUGCAACUGAUUUUUCUCCAUAGAAUUCAGGAAACAUUUUCAAUCUUUACAGUAAUUGUAUCUCUCGUGAAUACCCAGCCAACGGUGUUGUUUCUCUACACCCUGCCUGAUGUAUUCCAUGGAAGGAUGUACAUGCCAAUGUGGCAAACUAUUAUAUGCCACCUCAAGCUGUAGUUUUAGAAACAUUUUUCCCGUUAGCCAUAUGGACUUACAACUAACUACACUAUAUCUCCUGAAGGCAAAGAGAAAGCCAGCUCUUUUACAAACUGUGACUGGUGAGUUAGAAAUGAUUUCACUGCUUUGAUUGUCAGGGGAACAUAUACAUAAUCAGUGUUCAUUCUUCCUGGAGGUAAGUAAAUAUGGGUUAAUACUGCCCGAAACGAAGAACUCUAUUGUGUCACGCAACCUCUGCCAGCCACUUCACACACUGAAAAGUCUCAACAGAUUUUAUUUUGUACAACUAGUCAUCUCUUUCUGACUGUGAACCAGUCAAUUCAUCUCUGACAUCGGAUUUUAGAUGAUUUUAGAUAUUUUCAGCUUGUUAGCUAGCUAACAUGCUAUCUGGUCUAUCACCGUACAGUUAUUAACCACUCGUUAGCAUACUAAUUGAAUUAGUGUUAUGUAUGUUAGUCAAACUGAAAUUUCUGUAUAGGAAAUAUAAGCUAUAAUGAUACUGAAGCUAAUGUGCAUAAUUUACCAUUUUUCCAGAAAAGCGUCAAAUGUUUUUUGACAUGUUAGUGGAAACUGUGGUUAAACUUGAGGGCGGGCGGUUCUUUUGGCAGCGGUUGACUGAUAUUUGGCAGCCAACCAACUUCCGUGAUGUGCUCCACAUGAAAGCCCUAUGAACAUAAAUACAAGUCAAUACUUACUGUUGAUUCACCAUUAUUAGUGAUUUAAGACAUGUGUCCUUUUAGAACAUAUUCAGUAAUAUUUGGGAGGACCAAUUACACUGUUGAAUGUGUAUUUCAUUCCAAAGUGGAAGCUAGUAUAAAGAUAACCUGACUAGCUUUUGACUCUGGAAAUGGAAGCCUAUUAGCACUGAUCCGUCCUUCUUUUGUUCAUGUUAUUUUAACACCUGCAGAGUCAUCCACAGCUCUAUGGAAGUAUUUCUGUGCCAUCGGAGUUUGAAUAUAUAUUUCUAAUACUGAAUUUUUUCAGCAUCAAAAUGCUUCUUUAAUUCUAAAAACAUCGAAUUUUUAGCACUGGGUGAUUUUUUGCCUUUUUCAGUGUUGAAGUAAAGUCAGUGUUCUGUCAGUCUGGUUCUUUUGACGUUUAUUUUAAGACGUUGAAUUUUUUGACACUGAAUGGACACUGAAUUUUGAGAUGCUGAAUUCUUUUUCACGUUGAAUUUUGAAAAACUGAAUAUUUUGAGACAUUGAUUUUUUUUUUUUUUAAACUGAAUUGAUUUCAACACUGGGGAAAAAAUCUGAGGCAAAAACCCCCCACAAAAUUUGAUUUUUUUGUUUGAUUUUGAUGUUGAAAAAAUUCAGCAUUAGAAAUUCAUAUUCAAACUCAGAUGACACAGAAAUACUUCCAUACUAGCUCAUGCAUGCUCAGUGCUAUAUUAGUCCUGAGGGGAAUGAAAGGGGUCUAGCCUUAGCAGUCUUUCUUUUAUGGGUCCGGAUUAGGUCAUGGUUGAUGACCAGACUCUCAAAACGUAUAGCAAUGGGUAGUCUGUAACCCUCAGCACCUUAGUAAGUCCAUGAUUCAUAUCAUGACAUAGAAUAACUGGGAUACGGUAUAAUACAGUAACAUAUAGAGUGCUCAAAUCACAGAUAGGACUAAGAUAUGGCUAACGCCAGCUUAUGUUAACUGCCUGGGUGUCCAUUGGAAUUUGAGAUGACAUUACAAACAUUUUUUUGUGCCUACACCAGAUAUUAGACUGCUUAAAUUACCAGUAAUGACAUCACCCAGAACUGAACAUUCAUGCCGUCUUCUCACCCUAAAAUAAUACUUUUUUUUGGUAAUUCAGUGUAUGACCAAAUAAGUUCAAAUAACUUUAACCAUAGAUUUGUCAAGAGACCUGGUGAUGGUGUGUGCUGCUGCUGAUGUGUCUUGUUGGCCAACAAACUGCGGUAUGCAGACUUUUUUCAGACACUGGGUGAGUAACUUUCAUUGGAAUGAACAGGUGCCAUCUUGGAAUACCGUAUCCAGUGUUAACAUGCCGACAUGCUACAAACCUUCAGUACUGUUUCAGAGGCCUUGUAACUGAUUGUAUUUCUACAUCAUAAACCAUGUCUGCUCAGUUAGGAUUCAGUGACAGACUGUUAACUUUAAAUGUAUUUACAUAGACUGUAGGACAAGGAAAUUGUGAUAGUGGUGUUAUACCGGUUUCUGUCAUUCAAGAAAAGAAAUCCUUACCUGAUCCUUAAGUUGCGUAAGCUGGUGUAGAAGUUUUUAAUACAUGAUUGUUGGAUGGAUUAUGAAAUAAUUUUCUCAUGUUGUGUGUGAUCUGCUUUUAUCUCUUUGGGGGUGGUGGUGGGGGGGGGGCUCCUUUGACCAAGGAUGUCCUUGUGACAUUACCUGUCCAAUAAACAUACAAGGCUGAAGCAGUUUCUGCACUUGCUAUAAUUUGGCACUGCAACCAAUUUGACAGCAAUAUAUUAAAAAAAACCCUACAUGUACAGACAUUAUAAUGUUUUUGUUAAUGAACAUCAUCUCUCGUGCCUGUUUCCACUUGUCAGCGUCUCUAAUUGUAGACCCUCUUUAUCGUUGGGCACCAGAUAAGGGUAAUAAGCGUGUUGUCUUGCCUGGAAGUUUUUGGUAACCCGUAUAUCAGAUGUAUAAAAAUGGCAGCUGGUGAAGUUUUUUCUCAACUGUAAUAUUGGUUUCCCAAUACAGAAAGAAAUACAAAAGCAAUUGAGCUCCAUGUUAAACAUGAUAAAUCAACUUUAAAUCAAUUUAUAUCAAAUCAAAAAUAAUAAUAAUAAUAAUAAUAAUAAUAAUAAUAAUAAUAUACACUAUCACACAUGAGACUAAAAGACGGUGAAGACCAAAACAGAAAAAAGGAGUAUAUACUUAAAGGGCUAGUGUUUAAAAUUUAAGAGGAUCUAUUGGCAAAAUUGAAGAUAAUAUUGUAUAUUUUUUAUUAGUGUAGAGUUACCUAAAUUUAUAGUAGUUUAGUUGUGUUUGACCUGAGAAUGAAUCAUUUGUAUCUACAGAGAGAGUUGGUCCUCUUACAUGGAGCCCACCAUGUUGCACAAUCAUGUUUCUACAGUAGACUGGAACAAGCUAUACACUGGCUCAAGUAAGGGCCUUUUGUGUUGUUCAUAGGUUUGCAGCCACUUUAGUUCUCCUGCACACUUUGAAAGGAAGCAGUAUUCAGCUGGUUGCAAUCUGCAGCCUCACCACUAGAUGUCACUAAAUCCUACAUACUGAACCUUAAUGUGUAUUUGUAAAGUAUCAGGAAACACAAAUCAGUCUGAUGCUAAGGUUACACGGUGUCUGCUACAUGUGUAUUUCCUAAAACAUCUUAAUAUGGCAAUAGUAUAGCUGCGCUGUGUUUCAGAGUUUUCUGCCACCUAGUGGUCACAAAUUGCUUAAUGCAGCUUUAAGUCCCAUCUUUUGAAGCGGUUUAUGAUGAUUGGUUCAUAAUGAUACUCAAAAACCUUUCAUACUUAUGUCACACUGUACCAAGUCUUUCCACAAUUAGAAUUAGACUUCAAGGGGGGUAAUGUUUUCCCAUGUGAUGAAUCAAGACAAAAUGACAAACUCACCAUAAAUUCAUAGAUUUUUUUAACAACUACCUCUCAAUGACAUUUGAAGCUUUAUAUUGGUAAGCAGUAUUUUUGUGCCUACACUAAAAUCUAAGACACAGUACCAUGAAAGGAGUGAUAUUACAAUUGAAGGUUGUCAUUUUUAUGCACUGAUACACAAUGGUAGGCUGUAUUGCAUUCAUUCAAGACAGUCGGGAACUGGCAGUUAUAUCCUGAUGGAGAAUAUGGAUAAGAACCUUAAUAAAUGAGUACCUGAUGCUGAAAAACAUCAUUUAUAUCCGUUGUUUUGGACAGAAACCCUUCAGAUGUCUCCCAGAUGUCUUGAGUACAUAGUUCCAAUGCUCUGUUCAUAGUUUUAGAGUGACUAAGGAGAUAGCAGUGGCUUAGAGUAGGUAGAAGCUAUAGAAAAAGCAAUAUGUAACACAUUGGACACGCUUUUUUGUCAUGAUGUACUUUGAAAAUCCCUCAUCUUUUAAAGUAAACAAGUGUAUGUCAUGUUGUA